GGACGAAUGAUAGUAAUUAGAAUUACACAUACGUUGUACAAUGUGUUAAAGUAUUAGCAUUGCCGGGUGUUAUUUUGUUAAAUUCUUUAUUGGAUAAAUUUAGGCUCUUUUCUUUAACUCGAAGUUUUGAUUUUUAGUUUUCAAUUAAUUUGGGUAGUUUAAGGCUAACGCCAAGUUUAGUUAACUUUAUCUAAAUAUAACAUAAGAAAUACUAAAUAAUAUUAAAUGUUACCGUUACAUGCGAGUGAUGAAGAGUAUAAAGUCUCGAAAGGUAUUCGGAUUUCACAAAAAGUUAGAGGGUGGCUAAGGUUGAUAUUUGCUGACAAGAACUCUAGAAACUUGUUUUUGUUUCUUUUGCUGAAUCUAUCCUUUGCAUUUGUUGAACUUUUAUAUGGAGUUUGGACAAACAGCUUAGGUUUGAUAUCAGAUUCUUUUCACAUGUUUUUUGACUGUACAGCCUUAUUGGCAGGGCUGGCUGCUUCUGUGAUAACUAAGUGGAGAGCCAAUGAGAGAUUUUCCUAUGGUUAUGUUCGUGCUGAGGUUCUUGCAGGGUUUGUUAACGGUCUUUUUCUAUUGUUCAUUGCAUUUUUCAUCUUCUCUGAAGCUGUUGAGAGAGCCAUUGAACCACCAGAAGUCAAACAUGAGAGGCUAUUUUUGGUAUCUGUUCUUGGACUUUUUGUGAAUAUAAUAGGAAUAUUUGCUUUUCAACAUGGCCAUGGACAUGGUCAUUCUCAUGGAGGAGAACAUUCCCAUGACCAUUCACACUCUCACUCACAUAGCCAUGGACAUGAACAUAGCCAUGGACAUGAACAUAGUCAUGGUUAUGGACUAGAGGAUAACAAACAUGAUGAUGAUCAUAAGACAACUGAAGCUCCACAGAGUCAAAUCAUGGAAGGUGUGUUUCUCCAUAUCCUUGCUGAUACCUUGGGUAGUGUAGGUGUAAUUGUAUCAGCUGUUCUGAUGAGUCAGUUUGGGUUGAUGAUUGCUGAUCCUAUUUGUUCUAUGUUUAUUUCCACAUUGAUUGGUUUUAGCGUUUUACCCCUUUUGAAAAAUUCUAUUUGUAUCCUGAUGCAAAGAACUCCCUUUGAGUUGGAUAAAACUCUUCCAUCAUGUUAUCAGAGGGUUAUGCAGUUGGAAGGAGUAUACAGUGUACAAGAACCACACUUUUGGACAUUGUGUAGUGAUGUUUUUAUUGGAACCUUGAAACUGGAAGUAGCCACCAAUGCAGAUGCAAAAUAUAUUCUUAGUCAUACUCACAAUAUAUUUACUCAGGUGGGAGUGCGUCAGCUUUAUGUACAGAUAGACUAUGCCGCUAUAUGAGGACCAGUUUUCUACUUGUAAGAUUAAUUUCUUCUUAAAUCUAGUGCUUCCAGGCUACUUCUUACAAGCAAAAAAAAACAUUCCAUUGUUAAAUCCUUAUUUUUUAUAAUCUUUCAUCAUUAUUUUCUUAUGUGUGUGGCAUAAAGAAUCUAUGUCUGGAGAUGUAGUUUCUGUUAUGAAAGAAGUUCCAUAUUAUACAGUUAAGAUUGGUAAAAUUGGAAAGUGUUAAUAAGAAACUCAGUUGGUUUUGUAUUCUUUAAAAACUGUUAAAUUUAGUUAAAAGAAUGAUAGUACUUGUCCACUUUGAAAUAGCAAAUUUAAAAUCAUAGUUACAUUACCGAGACCUAUUUAAUAUUCAUUUAAUCUUUAAAAAAGAAGAAAUACUUCACACUACUACAGCAAUAUGAUAGUUUUUAGCAUAGAAUUUUCCUUUAAAGCAGAUACCUAUACAAGUAUGUACUACUUAGUAAUGUCAAUUUUUUUGACUGUGAGAUUGGUCCCUGCUGAACUUUUAAAUUUACUUGUCGAAAGGCUGGCACCAGCUAGUUCUUUUUGAAAUAAUAAACUGGUGUUCAGAUAAAAAUAAUUUUUGUGUGAUAACUGUUAUUACUACAAAUAAUAGCAAAAUAUAAUUUAAAAAAAGUUACAAAAGAUAAUUUGAAUAUGAAAAUAUUAAAUAAUUUUAUAACUUUUAAUUUGAUAAAAAAAAAGGUACAUUCUUGUGGACAAUCUACAUCUUGUGCAAUUGAAUACUUUGACCUCAUAGAGGUGGCCAGUAAUCUAAUGUAAGCUAAGUCUACUUUGCAACCACAAGUGAGAUAUAGCUUCUGUCUACAGUUAGGAGUAAAUAUGUGUUAAAAAUGUACAAGAAUAAUUUUGGGUCUAGGAAAAGACCAAAAAUUGGGAAGAAACAAAGAGGAAAGGAAAUAAACUGUAUAUUGACUAAUGAGUUUUUUCACAGAAGCCAUGUCACUAUAGCACUAUUGUCAACUGGUCAGUUAAGGUGAAAGGAUAAAAGCCUUGACCGAGGGUAGAGGAAAAAUAUGAUUUUCUUUUAUUUGGAAUAAUAUUUACCCAUCUAAACAAAGCAGGCAGUUUUAUAAAAUGCUUAUUAUAUGGUAUAUACUUUUCCUCUUAGUUGAGGAAUUGACUUCAAAUGAAAUAAACCUUUGUUUCUGAACAA